UCACGCUCACGACCACAGUUUUUCCCGUUCCACUUGCCUGCGAGCGUUACUGUCAUAAACCCAAGUGGAAUAGAUUAUGGUUCGUUUUGAGCGUGGAGGUAAAUAAUACAAAUGGCGAGCUAGUGAAAAGAAAACAAAAUAUUGAAGAGGUUAAGUUUUAAUCGGUAAGCCUUAAAAAUAAACUCAAAUAAUUAUUGAUUACACUGCUAAUCAGGGUUGUAUUUAAUUAACUUACGUUUGAAUAUUAUUAAAAUGUCUUUGACGGCAACAGUUGGAUAUUUAGUAAUGCGUCGUAAUAAUGCUCCAGAAAGUAGUAGUUCAUCCAGUUCAGAUGAAGAAUGGUCUACAAUUUUACAAAAAUAUGAUUGUGAAAAAAGAAAACUUCGACCACGUAUUAUUGAUUACGAUAACGUAGUUUAUCGUUAUUCAGAUGAUGAAUUCAAAAGUCAUUUCAGACUUUCAAGAAAUACAUUUAAUUAUUUACAUGACUUAAUACGAGAAGAUUUAGUUCGACACGUUCCUGGAUGCCCUACAAUUUCCUCCUAUCAUCAAUUAAUGAUUGCUAUUUGGAAAAUGGCUACAACAGAUUCUUACAGAUCCGUCUGCGACAGAUUCAACGUAGGACGAGCUACUGCCGUAAGGGCUGUACGUCGAGUUUGUCAUGCUUUAUUCAGAAGAGCCUCAAGAUUUAUGCAAUGGCCUACGGGAGAUGGUGCUAUUGAAGUAAUGCGUGGAUUUGAGAGAGCAAGUGGUUUUCCUAAAACAAUAGGAGCCAUUGAUGGGACUCACAUUCGUAUAAAUGCUCCAAAACAAAAUCCAGUAGAUUAUAUCAAUCGGAAAGGAUUCCAUUCUGUUCAACUACAGCUGGUAUGUGACCACAAGGCUCUGAUAACCCAUUAUUAUGCUGGAAAUCCAGGAUCUGUUCAUGAUCAAAGAAUUUUUCGUUUGUCAGAAGUUGCAGAGUACUUGAACGAUGACAAUGCAUUUCCUGAAGACAGUCAUAUUUUAGGUGAUUCUGCUUAUGAAAUACAUCAGCACUUACUUACUCCUUAUCGAGAUAAUGGACAUUUAAGUGAGAAGCAGAAAAAAUAUAAUUAUCGUCAAUCAGCUGCUCGAGUUACUGUUGAAAGAUGCAUCGGAUUAUUGAAAGGACGAAUGAGGAGCUUAUUAAAUUGUCUACCAAUGGCAAGAGUCGAUUUAAUGGCAGAGUAUAUUGUUGCAUGUUGCGUUAUUCAUAAUAUCUGUAUUUUACGAGAAGAUGAAAUAACUAUUAUCACUAUACCCAAACCUAAUGACGAAAAUAAUGGUAAUAAUUCACGCGAAGUAAGACGUAAUGCAAGAAUUUUGAAAAGAGAUAUUAUAAUGAAUUCUUUGUAAUAAUUAUGAUGAUUAAUUGUAAACUAUGUUUCCGUUCGGGAUGAUAAUUCCUUAGCACUUAAAAUCAUGAGAAUGUAAUGAAAGUUUCUUUGGCAGUUGAAAAUUUUUCCAAA